AGUGCAGGGCCAGGGGCCUGGAGCUUGGUCAGAGCUGUUCCUUGGGGAAUGCUGGCCCAGGCUUCUCACGCCUUCCCUUCUCCCACUUCCGCCCCCUGGCUGGCCGGCUCGCAGGGCAGGCUGUCCCUUUAAGAAAGACAGUAGCACGCACAGCAGCUGCCCAGCCGGCCCUGCCUCCUCUGCUGAGCACAGAGCUGGGGCUGCAGCUGGAACCCUCCUGGGCUGCAGGAGCACCAGAGCCUCCAGAGAAGGGGUGCAGCUUGGGAUCCAGUGCACACACCCCUCCACCCCGGGAACCCAUGCCCACGGAAGGACCCCCUGUCCGCAGCCCUCCACUGCCGCCCUGGGCUGCCGCCACCCAGCUCUGGCUCUGGGACGUAAGAAGCUCAUUCUUGAGGCCUGAGCUCAAGAUCCCUAAAAAGAAAGUUGGAAAGUAGCAAAUGAACUUGAUCACCAUGAGGACCUAGGGCGUCUGCCUGCUGACCCCCCGCCCCCCUGCCGGCCUGCGGUGACCAUGGCACCCCGCAAGAGGAGCCGCCAUGGCCUGGGUUUCCUGUGCUGCUUCGGGGGCAGUGACCUCCCCGAAAUCAACAUCCGGGACAACCACCCUCUGCAGUACCUGGAGUUCUCCGGCCCCAUCCCGAACCCCGAGGAGCUUAACGUCCGCUUCGCAGAGCUGGUGGAUGAAUUGGAUCUCACGGACAAGAACCGGGAAGCUGUGUUUGCGCUGCCCCCUGAGAAGAAAUGGCAGAUCUACUGCAGCAAGAAGAAGGAGCAGGAGGACCCCAACAAGCUGGCGACCAGCUGGCCGGACUACUACAUUGACCGAAUCAACUCCAUGGCUGCGAUGCAGAGUCUCUACGCCUUUGAUGAGGAGGAGACAGAGAUGAGGAACCAGGUGGUGGAGGACCUGAAGACCGCCCUGCGGACGCAGCCCAUGAGGUUUGUGACCCGCUUCAUCGAGCUGGAGGGCUUGAGCUGUCUGCUGAAUUUCCUCCGGAGCAUGGACCACGCCACCUGCGAGAGCCGCAUCCACACCUCCCUCAUCGGCUGCAUCAAGGCGCUGAUGAACAACUCGCAGGGGCGGGCGCACGUGCUGGCCCAGCCCGAGGCCAUCAGCACCAUCGCGCAGAGUCUGCGCACAGAGAACAGCAAGACCAAGGUGGCCGUGCUGGAGAUCCUGGGUGCCGUGUGCCUGGUGCCUGGCGGCCACAAGAAAGUGCUCCAGGCCAUGCUGCAUUACCAGGUGUACGCCGCCGAGCGAACGCGCUUCCAGACCCUGCUGAACGAGCUGGACCGCAGCUUGGGGCGGUACCGGGACGAAGUGAAUCUGAAGACAGCCAUCAUGUCUUUCAUCAACGCUGUCCUCAACGCUGGAGCUGGAGAGGAUAACCUGGAGUUCCGCCUACAUCUACGGUACGAGUUCUUGAUGCUGGGGAUACAGCCUGUGAUUGAUAAACUCCGACAACAUGAGAACGCCAUCCUGGACAAGCACUUAGACUUCUUCGAGAUGGUCCGGAACGAGGAUGACCUGGAGCUGGCCAGGAGGUUUGACAUGGUCCACAUAGACACUAAGAGCGCCACCCAGAUGUUCGAGCUGAUCCACAAGAAGCUGAAACACACAGAGGCCUACCCCUGCCUGCUCUCUGUCCUGCACCACUGCCUUCAGAUGCCCUACAAGCGGAACGGCGGCUACUUCCAGCAGUGGCAGCUCCUGGACCGCAUCCUGCAACAGAUUGUGCUUCAGGAUGAGCGAGGUGUGGACCCGGACCUGGCUCCGCUGGAGAACUUCAACGUCAAGAACAUCGUCAACAUGCUCAUCAACGAGAAUGAAGUGAAACAGUGGCGGGAGCAGGCCGAGAAGUUCCGGAAAGAACACACGGAGCUCAUGAGCCGGCUGGAGAGGAAGGAGCGGGAGUGUGAGACCAAGACGCUGGAGAAGGAAGAGAUGAUGCGGACGCUGAACAAGAUGAAGGACAAGCUGGCCCGAGAGUCCCAGGAGCUGCGCCAGGCCCGGGGACAAGUGGCAGAGCUGGUAGCCCAGCUCAGUGACCUCUCAGUACGCGGGCACCCUCUCCCUUUUACAGAGCUGGGCCGAGACACUGGGCCUCAGACCGGCCCGGUGUCUUCUCCACCUCCCCCUGGGGGCCCGCUCACCCUGCCUUCUUCCUCGAUGACAACCAACGACCUGCCCCCACCCCCACCCCCUCUCCCCUUCGCCUGCUGUCCCCCGCCACCGCCACCACCCCUUCCACCCGGUGGGCCUCCCACGCCCCCGGGUGCACCCCCUUGCUUUGGCAUGGGCCUGCCCCUCCCCCAGGACCCCUUCCCCAGCAGCGAUAUCCCGCUCAGGAAAAAGCGUGUCCCCCAGCCUUCCCACCCGCUGAAGUCCUUCAACUGGGUCAAGCUGAACGAGGAGCGAGUCCCCGGCACCGUGUGGAAUGACAUCGAUGACAUGCAUGUAUUUCGGAUCCUAGACCUGGAGGAUUUUGAAAAAAUGUUUUCAGCCUAUCAGAGGCACCAGGAGCUGAUAACUAAUCCUCCCCAGCAGAAAGAGUUGGGCUCCACCGAGGACAUCUACCUGGCCUCCCGCAAGGUCAAAGAGCUGUCGGUCAUUGAUGGCCGGAGGGCGCAGAACUGCAUCAUCCUUCUCUCCAAGUUGAAGCUUUCCAACGAGGAGAUCCGGCAGGCUGUCCUGAAGAUGGACGAGCAGGAGGACCUGGCCAAGGACAUGCUGGAGCAGCUCCUCAAAUUCAUCCCAGAGAAGAGUGACAUCGACCUCCUGGAGGAGCACAAACAUGAGAUUGAGCGGAUGGCCCGUGCUGACCGCUUCCUCUACGAAAUGAGCAGGAUUGACCACUACCAGCAGCGCCUGCAGGCCCUCUUCUUCAAGAAGAAGUUCCAGGAGCGGCUGGCUGAGGCCAAGCCCAAAGUGGAAGCCAUCCUGCUGGCCUCUCGGGAACUGACCCGCAGCAAGCGUCUGAAGCAGAUGUUGGAGGUCGUCCUGGCCAUUGGCAACUUCAUGAACAAGGGCCAGCGCGGGGGCGCCUAUGGGUUCCGGGUGGCCAGCCUCAACAAGAUCGCUGACACCAAGUCCAGCAUCGACAGAAACAUCUCCCUGCUGCAUUACCUGAUCAUGAUCCUGGAGAAGCACUUCCCUGACAUCCUGAACAUGCCUUCGGAGCUGCAACAUCUCCCCGAAGCCGCCAAAGUCAACCUGGCAGAGCUGGAGAAGGAGGUGGGCAACCUGAAGAGGGGGCUGAGAGCAGUGGAGGUGGAGCUAGACUACCAGAAGCGCCAGGUGCGGGAGCCCAGUGACAAGUUUGUCCCUGUCAUGAGCGACUUCAUCACGGUGUCCAGCUUCAGCUUCUCCGAGCUGGAGGAGCAGCUCAAUGAGGCCAGGAACAAGUUCGCCCAGGCCCUGAUGCACUUUGGGGAGCAGGACAGCAAGAUGCAGCCGGACGAAUUCUUUGGCAUCUUCGACACCUUCCUGCAGGCCUUCUCGGAGGCUCGGCAGGACCUGGAGGCCAUGAGGAAGAGGAAGGAGGAGGAGGAACGCCGGGCACGCAUGGAAGCCAUGCUGAAGGAACAGAGGGAGCGCGAACGAUGGCAGCGGCAGCGCAAGGUGCUGGCGGGCGGCGCGUUGGAGGAGGGCGGCGAGUUUGAUGACCUGGUGUCGGCACUGCGUUCCGGGGAGGUUUUCGACAAGGACUUGUGCAAGCUCAAGCGUAGCCGCAAGCGAUCCGGGAGCCAGGCCCCAGACGUCACCCGCGAGCGGGCAAUAAACAGGCUGAAGUAUUGACCUGCGGACUGGGGGCCCUGGAGACCCCGAGACAGGGACAAGCCGGAGGUGCUGGGUGCGGGAGGCGGUGCGGCUUUGGUAGUUUGGUGCUGGUGGGUUCAGAGCCCUGGGCUGGGCCCUGGGCUGUAGGGGGCUGGACCAGGUAUUUCCCUCCACUCACCUUAAGGAGCUCCUUCCGCCUCCCUUGCACGUUCUUUCUGGAUCCGGGUCCCUCUUGGAGGCUGCCUGGCACGCCCCAGGCAGGCCCUCCCCCCAUUCCCUCCCACGGGCAGCCUCAUGUGGACACAGAAACGUUCCAGAGCUCAACGAGAGAGGCUCCCGUGCAGUGGGGAGUGUGGGUGGGUUGAAGGAAUCCAGACGCUGCUGAGAGAAGGCGCCGUGGAGCAUGUGGCUGCAGUUCCAAUCCUCUUGGACGGACAGGAAGGAGGCACUGUGCGUUCUAAUCAGCUCUGGUGUGUUCCAGGAAACGAGUGCUGGGAUUGUGCUACAGGGACCAAAGCCUUCGGGCAGAGCAGCAAUGUCUGUCUCCUACAGCACAAACCCGCUGGCUUCCCUCACGUGUUUUUAAGUCUCUCUGCCUCCCUUCUACCCCGCCCUCCCCUGGCAUCCUGUCUACUAAUCCACAGUCCAGAGACCUCACGUUUGUGUCCCUGGCUCACUGCCAGGUCCUUGAUGGGCUGGGGGAGGGCGGGAGUGGUCCAGGAAAGGUCCCCAGUCCUUACCACACCUGUGCCUUGGGCACAGAGAUCCUGCAACAGAUGUGCCCCCACCCCACCAGUACCACCUGAUCAGUAUUAUCAGGAGAGAUGACCGUGGCCUCCUGUGUUGUCCAGGAGUUCCUUGCAGCCCUUUGCCAAGGGCAACACCUGACAGCCCCAGCUCUACCAAAGAGCUCCUUGGUCUACUUAGUGUUAAUCACUCAGACCCCUUCUCUUCCUCUGACCUCUGUGGCUGGGCAGAAGCCACGAUGGCCUCCCAGUCUUUCCAGCCUGCCUGUGCACGCCCGGUGUAAGGGUGGCCUUGCCCCGAGGCGUUCAGCUCAGGGGCAGGGGAAGAGGAGUAGGCAGAAGCAGCCGUAGCUGCAGUGCCUGAAGGAGCCCCAAGGGGCCCAUUCCGAGUGUCCCUUCCACACCUACUUCCACUGGGGCAGGUGGGACAGCUGUCUUGUAUCUCCAGCACUUUGCCUCCUUCCAAGAGGGAAGCGUGUGAGGUCAGUUCACCAGGCUCUUGUUCUGGGUUCACCGAGCAUCUUCGGGAGACCAGCCCCUCCCCCCUCCUGCUCUUUCCUUGUCUCGCACCUUCUGAUCUAAUCCCCCAGCACUGCCCAAGGACAGCCUGCUGGGCGGGGCCCGCUCUUCAGCAGUAGCUGCAGAGGAACAAGCCCAGAGCUGUGAGCCCAGAACGUGUGUUGGUUCGAGGGAGCGGCACGUGUGUUCUGGUGGGAGGCGUCCUAGCAAGUGCGAGCCCGGCUGGUGCAAGUGUGACGGGGCCGCCCUGGAACCCAGAAGAGGGCGAGGUGAAGGGUGAAGACUCCUAGGAGGGGCUGUGGAGCACUUCAGGGUCUCCAUCUGCACAGCCACGAGCCCACACUGCAGGAAGCAGGCCCUGGGACGACGGGGCGUCCCUGCUCCAGCUGACCCGGCUGAGGUCGGCCUCGCCCGCAGCCGGCAGGGAAGGCUCCGCUUCUGCCCGACGAGCAGGUCUGGAUGUUGGCACUGGAUAGGCACGAAGGAAGACAAGGGCUACGGAAGCAUUCGAUCCUCAGAAGAGCAGAGUUUGGUUUCGCUGUUUACAGAGGGACGCACAUAGUCCCGGAGCCCAGCCUCCUCACCCCGCAAGAUUUCUUCUUCUCUAUUUAUUAAUUUUUGGAGCUGGCCAGCGGCUCUGGUACUAGAAACUGUCGUGGCCAGGUCGCCAUUAGUGCCUUAGACCACAGGUCGUGGUCAGCUCAGCAAGAAGGGGGCUGGUGCCCGCGAGGCGGCCGAGCUGGUCAUUUUUAGGUGAAAUGUUAACCCUGGGUCUUCUAUUCCCCAGCUGUCUAAUUUUGUGUGCAGUGGAAAAUUCAUAGUCAACCUCAAACAAGCUGUGGCCUCAGCAGCAGCAGCAGCUCUUGCUCCUCCCCUGGGAGGGAACGGCAGUGGGAGGAGGACUUUCUGCAGGCAGAGGGGCAGGGGCUGGUCCAGGCUCUCCCCACGCCCGUUCCACUUCACCAGCUGUGCCACCUCCACCAGGGAGGCCUCCUGCUCUCACUGGCGACCAGUGAGGCUUGUGUACAAAAUCCGCCAUGUCCUUCUUACCUGCACCUUUUUAAUAAGAAUAUAUUGUCAUACUAAAAAAAAUAUUAAAUCCAUACCAUCCCCA